GGCAUGGGCCAAAUGGUAUGCAUAACCCAAGCAAACAUGGCUCUUAUUGAACUCAUUCUGUGGACAGCUCUGGCCCUAGGCACCGCCACGGCACGUCACAACUCUCGUCAGCCCAAUGACUCUACGCCCUCUCGCAUCGUGGGCGGCUCCGAUGUGCCACAAGGCGAAUAUGUGCCCUACCAAGUGUCGAUGCAGUACCGAACCCGUGACGGCUAUGCCCACUUCUGUGGCGGAUCGAUCAUAGCUCCCGAUCGCAUACUCACAGCGGCCCACUGCUGUGACGGUAUGAAUGUAACGCGCAUGUCUGUCGUCGCGGGCAUACGCAAUCUGUAUGAUAAGGGCGGAUCACGCUCUCGGGUGGUCUCCUUUGUCAUACACCCCGAUUACAGGCCGCUGAAGACCAGCGAUAUCGCAGUGCUGACAAUCGACCCGCCACUGGUCUACAACAAUGUCAGUGUGGCCCCCAUUGAAUUUUCCUCCGAUACGUUUGUGGGCGGCGGAGUCCCUGUGACCCUAACCGGUUGGGGCUUACGGCUGCCGGCCCCUUUUCCCUUCCUGGACAACCUAAACUAUCCGAAUACACUGCAACGCAUGAGCUACAGAACGAUUACGAACCAAGAGUGCCGCGAAAGGGGCAUGGAAGAUGUGACGGAUACGGAGAUAUGUGCCAGAGGCAUCUUUAGGGGCGCCUGUUCGGGCGACUCGGGUGGUCCCUUGGUUCGCGACGACAAUGGUCUCAAGCAGGUCGGAGUCGUCUCCUAUGGACUGGUUGUGUGCGGCCUCUUUAUCUCCCCCGAUGUCUACACCAGAGUCUCCACCUUCAGGAACUGGAUACAAGAGGGCAUAGCGAACAGCAAAUGAUUCGAUUGCUAUAUUCAAAACAA